AGAAAAUAAAUAAAUAAAUAAAUAAACAAUCCUUCUCUCUUCCCUCACAAGCAAAACUCAAAGAGGCAAAGACCAACCAAAACCCAAAACUAAACAAUUAAACACAGACCCACCACCCUUCUCCCUUCGCCAUCUUCCUCCUCCUCCAUGCCUCCUCCUCGCCGUAGCUCUCUAUCUCCUCUCCUUAAUCUUCCGUUACUUAUCUUACUCUUGUCCAUCAUUGCAUUUCUUCUCUUCUUCUUCGCCAUCCCUUCGUUUCAUAAUAAUAAACUUCGACCCAGUACUGUUAAGAAGAGUUGGGACUCUGUCAAUAUCUUUCUCGUCUUGUUUGCGAUCCUUUGUGGUAUCUUUGCUAGAAAAAAUGACGACGAAUCACCUCUUCCAGAAGAUGCUAACAAUAAUACCAAUCGCAAUGUUUCUCAUAGUAAACAAGAACGCCACUUUGUUUCCAAUAAUUGGUUUGACGAUCAGCUCGUGCCAUCAACACCGCCUACUGGCGGUUUACGGAGGUUAAAGAGGAGUAGUAGCUCCUACCCAGAUCUGAGGAAAGAAUCUUUCUUUGAAUCCGGUGAUGAUCGCUUCCGGUUCUAUGAUGAUUUUGAAAUAAGCAAGAACCGAUCACCGGCGUGGUCGUCAUCGCAAUAUAUUUACCAUCGUAGACAGCAAAGUAUAUUUGAAGAAUCUAAUGUUAAGGAAAUUCCUGUUGAUACUUACGUACUGCGUUCCUCAUCGCCUCCGCCUCCACCGAAGUCGCCGACGCCACCUCCUCCACCACCACCACCCCCACCACCGCCAGCGGCAAGAAAUCGCAAACAGAGGAGAAGUUAUAGCACUGUUCCGCCUAAAGAAAAGGUAGGCAAACCUGGUGAAAAUCAUCAUCAAUUUUCAAAUACCGAAACUCCGCCAGCAACGCCACCUCCUCCUCCUCCGCCUCCCCCGCGGCCUCCACCACCUCCACCAGUUAUGAAGACUGCUCGAUCAGAGCGUAAAAGCGAGCGUAAAAAGAAUAAUGCAACUAAGGAGUUGAAAAUGGCUUUGAUUUCGUUAUACCAUCAGAGCAAAAGAAAGAAGAAACAAAGAACAAAGAGUUUAUACGAUGAUAAAAACCAUUCUCCGCCUGAAUCGCCAGUGUUUACUGUUCCUCCACCUCCGCCGCCACCUCCACCUCCACCACCAUCAAUGUUCCAGAGUUUGUUCAGAAAAGGAACCAAAAGUAAGAGAAUUCAUUCAUUUUCUUCAUUUUCUACUCCACCUCCGCCGCCGCCUCCUCCACCACGACCGUCUCUCUCCACAUCAAACAGGUGGACCAAGCUUAAGAAUCAUAUAUCACCACCAGCGCCUCCGCCACCUCCACCACCCCCAGCACCAUCAACACCUCCACAAGCACCCUACAGGAGACGAAGUACUACCUCAGCAGGCCGACCACCAUUGCCAACAAGAGCCAACAAUUUCUAUGAGGAAAAUGUGAAUGACGGAGGACAAUCUCCGCUAAUUCCUAUGCCUCCUCCGCCUCCACCACCGCCGUUCAGAGUGCCAGGGUUUAAGUUUACAGUCAAAGGCGAUUAUGUUAAGAUAAGAAGCGCCCACAGUUCUCGGUGCAGCUCUCCAGACUAUCAGGAGCUGGAUAGGCAGUCAACAGAGGCAGUCAGCGUAAUGGAGCGUGGAGAUGGGAGCGGAACAUCCGUUUUUUGUCCCAGUCCAGAUGUCAACGCCAAGGCCGACACUUUCAUUGCCAGGCUAAGAGGCGAAUGGAGACUAGAGAAAAUAAACUCCAUGAACGAGAGGAGAAGCAUGGGCCGUGGCGCAGAUACAGGCCCAAUUUGAUGCCCGUCAACAAUACGAAGCUGACAGACACAUUUCCGUUACGGUGAUUUGGCCUGCUAUGCAUGCAAUUGAAAAAGAAAAAUUAUGAUACAGAAGACGGAGAAUUGGAAGCUGCACAACAGAGAAAACAGAAAAGGAAAAAUAAAAACAUAAUUUAACAUAUAUUAUAUCAUGCGGUUAUAGUAGUAUAAAUAUUGGUGUGGUAUAUAAAAUAUAAAUACAUUAAUUAAUAUAUAGGAAGGAGCUUUGGGUAAGUUUUUUCAGCCAUCUCUCAGAGCUCCCUUUUACAUAGGAUGUGAGUGAGAUUUUUGUGCUAAUUUUCUUUUUUUUUAAUGGUGUAAGGCCUCUAGUUGUGUUUUUUGGUCACAGCUUUGAGCCACUGUUACUUAGACUUGAGAGUUUGAGUAUAAAGUUUGGAUUGCUUGAUGUCAAUGGUGUUAAAAAUAUGUUUCGAUUUUAGUUA